AUCCGCGUCGCCCGGAAGAUCUACCCCGUCAUCGUGCCGUCGCAUGGCAUCAAUGAUAUCUCGUACCUCAGCACGAGUUGGAUGAUCAAUAGACAUGCCUUUGAGCUCCUUCAAGAAGAAAUCGAGCUUGAGACCUUGCUGCUUUCUCUUG